AUGAUUUUUGAUUAUGUUGUCAAGUUUCAUUUAGAAGAUUGCCUAAAUAUUUUAUCUGAACAUGAUAACUUGGGCUACUACAGCGUCAAAAUCGACUUCUUAAAACUUUUUGAAACUUUUCCUGAUGUUGGGGAUAAAGUAUUAUGUAGUCCUGUGGAGAGUUUACCGGCCUGUAAUAAGGAUUUAAUAAAAGUUCAGCAAACUAUUCUUGAACGCGAUGAAUACAAAUCAGCGAUAGCAAAGUUAGAUUAUUGCUAUUUAAAACGUAACAUUCAUGCAAGAUUCUUCGGAUUGCCGGUUUGUCCUGAAUUGCAUCGAACAGUUUUCCCGAAAAAUGUGGAUUUGGGAUGUUUUUUAAAAGUCACAGGCACUGUUGUCAGAGUCACACAAUCUAAAAUGCUGGAAUAUCAGAGAAAGUAUGUUUGUAUGAAGUGUAAAUAUGAGAACUGUGUUGAAGCAGAAUUUGAGAACAGAUACAUAUUGCGACCACCAUCAAAAUGUGGGAAUGAUGUCAAAGCUUGCAAAAGUUCUACAUUUUCACAAGUGCCUCUAGUUUCAAGAGAGCAUUGUAAAGAUUAUCAGGAAAUCAAAAUACAGGAGCAAGUGAACAAGUUGAGUAUUGGAACUAUACCUGGCUCAAUGUGGGUGGUGUUGGAAGAUGAUCUGGUGGACUGCUGCAAGCCUGGGGAUGAUGUCAUUAUUUGUGGCACCGUCAGACGUCGAUGGCGACCUUCAAGCACCAAUAAGAAGUCAGAAGUUGAACUAGUCUUACAAGCAAAUUACAUAGAAGUCUGCAAUGCACAGAAGUCAGAAGUCUUGUCUACUGCUCCUGAUGUAAAGGACUGUUUCGAUGACUUCUGGUCUAAGUAUGAAGCUUGUCCCAUGAAAGGAAGAGACCGGAUUCUCGCUUCAGUGUGUCCUCAGGUUUAUGGUCUUCACUUGGUGAAGUUGGCAGUACUUCUAACAGUGAUCACUGGUUCGAAUCAUGUUGCUGAGAACAUUCAAGAUGGCAAGAAAAAUGCUCAAGAUGACAAACAUGCUACUCGUGUGCGAGGCCAAUGUCAUUUACUUCUCGUUGGUGAUCCAGGUACUGGCAAAUCACAGUUACUUCGCACUGGUGCAGAAUUGACAGCCAGAUCUGUAUUCACCUCGGGAGCCGGCAGUACUCGAGCCGGUCUUACUUGCGCGGCACUAAGGGAAGAUGGUGAAUGGCAACUAGAAGCUGGUGCCUUAGUUCUAUCAGAUGGUGGAGUAUGUUGUAUUGACGAGAUAUCCCAGCUCAGGGAACAUGACCGCACUGCUAUACAUGAAGCUAUGGAACAACAAACCAUAUCUGUUGCAAAGGCUGGUAUUGUAUGCAAAUUGAACACGCGCUGUGCAAUAAUUGCUGCUUGUAAUCCCAAAGGACACUAUGAUACAGAUCAGCCUCUCAGCGUCAAUGUUUCUUUGGGAACACCUCUGUUAAGUAGGUUUGAUUUGAUAUUUAUUCUAUUGGAUUCGAAGAAUAAAACGUGGGAUAAAUUAGUAUCGUCAUACAUACUAUUUGGUGACUCAAACGCAGCAGAAUCUAAGAAAAGAUGGAAUCUCGAAAAGCUACAGAUGUACAUAAGUCUAGUGGGCCCUAAGUAUUCAGAAAUGACGAAAUCAGCAAAUAUUAUUCUCCAGAAGUAUUACAUGGCACAACGAAUGUCUGAACAUCGGGACGCGUCCCGAACUACUGUCAGAAUGUUAGACAGUUUAGUAAGAUUAUCUCAGGCCCAUUGCCGAUUAAUGUAUCGUACUACAAUCUUACCAAUGGAUGCGGUCGUAGCAAUUUCACUUGUCGACCUUUCUAUGCAGGAUUGCACACUCGAUGACACUGCAGACGCCUUACAUUCAACUAUACCCAAGUACCCUGACUUUGAAUACUUAUGCACAGCCAAAAAACUUCUAACGAGGUUGAAUUUGAUUGAUGUAUGGCGAAACGAACUAUUAUACUACGCGAAGUUAUUACAAGUUGACCAUAAAACGUUAGAAAAUGAUUUAGUAACAGGAAAUUGUAAACUAUUCGCGAAACACGAUGAUGUUACUGAUGAUAACAUACAACUAUCAGCGUCUCUAAUAACUAGUUCUUAUUUUAAUAAUAAAAAAGGUAAUAAAAGUAAUGACAAUGCUAUUGUCGAAGAUAUAGAGAAUGUAAGAAAAGAUAAAGAGUUUAAGAAUGAUGGUAUAAAUGAAAGAUUUGCUGUUACGCUAAAGAAACACAAGACUCUUAAUAGUACAGAAAAGGAACCACCUAGUGUUAAAAAGAAAGGCGGUAAUAAACGCAAAAGAAAAGAAGUAACUGUAGACAUUACUGGAGUAAAAAAUAAAUUACCUAAAAGAGGCAAAAAGUUCAAAGGCAAACCUAAUUCUAAUGAGGACCAAGAAUCUAAUAGUGAUGAAGAAUUUGUAGAAGAACAAAUUGUUUUAAAAGCUGUACCAAGUGUAAAUGAUGCUUUAGCUGAUUUAGGCAUUGAUUUCCACUUUGAUAAUGGAAGUGAUGAAACUAAUGUUAACAAUGAGAGUCACAUUGAUAAUAGUACCGUUAACAACGAAAGCAACAAUGAGAAAUCUGAACCUAAAGAAACAGAAACACCCAAAAAGAUUGACACAUCUGAAGAAAAUCUCGACAGUGUAUUAGAUAUUAGUAUUGAAAUGAAUUCAAAAAAGGAUGAUGUCAAAGAAAGAACUGUUAGUAAGCUUAAACAGUUUCAAUUUGUUAGCAAACAUGAUUUGGAUAAAUAUGAUGAUAAGCCAAGAAAACCUUUGGAUAAUAAAACUACAGAUAAUGUCAGUGAUACAAUGAAAUUAAAGGCAAACAAUAUAGAAAGAAGUGCUUCUAGUACAAGUGCAUCUACUUCUAAAUCCCAUUUGUCAAUGUUUGAAAAUAUAGAUGCAGAUACAAAUAUAACAGUACUUGCUCAUGUGAAAGGCAAAGAAAAUACUUCUACAGUAUCAAAUCAGAAGCCAUCUAAUCCAAGUUCUCAAAUAUCAAUGUUUGAAAGUUCAGACUGUGAUAUAGAUUUAGAUAUAUAA